ACUGGGGAGAAUGGGUCUCUUGUAAGAGUGAUUUGAACUUGGCCUAUAGAUAUGAGGAACGAUUUUGGAAGCAGAAGGCUAGGAUCCAAUGGCUCAGAGAAGGGGAUCAUAAUUCUAAAUUUUUUCAUGCCCAAGUUAAGCAAAGAAGGGUUACUAAUAGUCUUGAUAGUAUUCUGAAACCAGAUGGAUCUCUAUGUUUGAAUGUCCAGGAUACUCUCUUUGAAUUGCUGUUUCAUCAGAUUUUCAAAUCUUCUAAUCCUUUGGAUCAAUUUUGUAACUUACAAAAUUUUUUCAUGCCCAUGUUAAGCAAAGAAGGGUUACUAAUAGAAAAAGAGACUGAAACUGCCUUGUUUGAUAUGAGUCAGGAUAAAUCCCCUGGGGCUGAUGGAUUUACUGCUUUGUUCUUUCAAAAUGCCUGGCCUGUCAUUAAAUAUCAUGUUUGUCUUGCUGUGUAUAAUUUCUUUUCUUGUGGGAAAAUGCCAAAGGGUCUGAACCAUACUGUUAUAACUUUGAUCCCUCAAAAGAAAAACCCUACAAAGGUUGCUGAUUAUAGACCUAUUAGCUUAUGCUCUGUUGUUUAUAAGAUUUUUGCUAAGGUGAUAGCUAAUAGGUUGAAACCAGUUCUUUCUUCUUGUAUUUCUGUUGCCCAAUCUACUUUUGUGCUUGGUAGACAAAUUUUGGAUAAUGUGAUAAUUUCAAAUGAAUGUAUCCAUUACUUAAAUAGCGAGAGAAAGGGUAAAAAUUUCUACAUGGCUUUAAAACUUGACAUGGCAAAGGCAUAUGACAGAGUUGAAUGGUCCUUCAUUGCUAGAAUUUGUAGGCAGAUGGGUUUUUGUGAUGUCUUUGUUUCUUGGAUCUUGGCUUGUGUUUGUUCCACAUCAUAUUCUUUCAAUGUUAAUGGUGCUU